AUGGCGACGGCAUACGCACUAGCGAGAGUCAACUGUGCCGGCGGAUAGAAAGUGCUCCAAAGAGACAAAUAUCCGCCUUCCUUGCAAACAUUUAACGGUGCAAAGUGUAUGUGAUAUUAUCUAGACAUGGUUUAGUCCAUGCAUAGCUAGAAAAGAGAAGCAACAGCCUUGCAAUGGAGCCUCCGGAUCGUAACAAGCCCAGCAGGCAGAACAACCCACUGGAUGAUGCAUCCCAACAGAAUGAGGCGGAGGAGUCCUGGGACAGUGAGGGAGAGGAAGCUCUGUAUGGCACUUCACCUCCUCGUACCCCCCGUCAGAUGAAACGCAUGUCUGGCAAGCAUCAGAGGAACAGUCAGGCAAGAAUUGGUGGUCGUUCUCCCAUCAAGUCGGACCUUAACCCCUCUGUGCUGAGAGAGAGUCCCAGGCCUGUGGAGCCCCCUGAGGAGCACAGCUACAAGCAGGGUAAAAAGCACCGGACCACCUUACGCUCCACAGAACGAGAUAACAAGAAGACCAUUGACGACUCCUUCAUGCUGGAUCCACUCUCAAAGUCGAGUCCUUUCGGUGCCCUCAACAUGGAUCCCAGGAAACAUUAUUUGAGUUUGGGUUGCAGCAGUGGCAAACUUCCUGUAUCUAUGCCCCACAUCGCCCGGACCCAUCGGCAGACCUCCCGGACUGACUGCCCCGCCGACCGCCUCAAAUUCUUUGAGACGCUGCGGCUGCUGCUCAAACUCACCUCUAUGUCGUCCAAGAAGAAGGAGAAGGAACAGAGAGGCCCAGAGAACAUGGCUUUCAUGGGUCACAACAAUGAGGUAAUUUGGUUGGAGCUGCAGGCGUGGCAUGCACGACGCUCCACGAGUGACCAAGACCUUUUUCUUUUCACUGCUCGCCAAGCCAUCCCUGACAUCAUUAAUGAGGUGUUGCACUUUAAGGUCAACUAUGACAGCCUGAGAGUGGCCCAGUGUUCAGGCUCUCAAACAAUGCAGGGAGACUAUCAGUGCGUCCCAGAAUUAGUUUGCAGAGAGGAAGGGGAGCUUGCUGUAGCAGAGAUCAACCACUGUGGAGCAGACCCCUGGGGCUUUAGUGCCUGCCCCCCAUCAGCAAUGAAUGCAGCAGAGCCUCUGGGGUCUGGCACUGAUUGCAGGGAGCACCUUCAGCGCCAGCGGCUGGCAUUUGAGCAGGUCAAGCGGGUUAUGGAGUUGCUGGAGUCUGUGGAAGCUUUGUAUCCUUCUUUACAGGCCCUACAGAAGGAUUAUGACAAGUAUGCAGCGCGAGACUUCCAGGGCAGAGUGCAGGCGCUCUGUCUGUGGCUCAACAUCACCCAGGACCUGAACCAGAAGCUGCGUGUCAUGGCCACGGUACUGGGCCUCCAUGAUCUAUCCCAUAUCGGAUGGCCUGUCUUUGAGAUCCCCUCACCUCGUUGUUCCCGUGGCAAUGAAGAAGAGGAGGAUGAGGAGGAGGAGGAGAAUGGCUCUACAACAACAUUUACAGAUGAAAGCAAUGGAGAGGACAAGGAUGCGGAGGGGGAGGAGGAAGAGGUGGGACUAGGAUGUGUAGCAGAGGGAGAGUUGUCUCCCUCCCUGACUCCAAAAUUUGCCCGAUUGUUGUCUGAAGAUGAGUUUCUGCCAACUGCUGUGGCUGGAAUUCAUGGAGGUGGAGGAGUAUUCUGCCCGACGGCUAUCUACAGACCGUUUGUGGAUAAAGCUCUGAAACAGAUGGGACUGCGGAAACUGAUUCUCAGAUUGCACAAACUGAUGGACCGUUCUCUUCAGAGAUCCAGAGCAGCGUUGCUCCGCCACACACCUGCACUAGAGUUUUCAGAUUUCCCAGACCCCAUGCUGUAUAGUGAUUACCUGCCAGAGCUGUCGCGCCAUGUGUCAUGUAGUGGUUCAGCUGAUCCAGAACUUGGAAUAGACCAGGUUUCAUGGGAGGAUUUACUGGACAUGGACCUCCCAUCUUUUCGGCCAGCGUUCCUCAUGCUCUGCAGAGUCCUUCUUAAUGUCAUUCACGAAUGCCUUAAACUGCGACUUGAACAGAGGCCUGCCGGAGAGCCUUCACUGCUCAGUAUCAAACAGUUGGUGCGUGAGUGUAAAGAAGUUCUCAAAGGCGGUCUUCUGAUGAAGCAGUACUAUCAGUUCAUGCUGCGUGGAGUUGUCACUGAUGCUCAGGGCUUGCAGAUAAAUGCUAAUAUUGAUGAGUUUGAGGAAGAUCUUCACAAGAUGCUUGUGGUUUACUUCGACUACAUGCACAGUUGGAUCCAGAUGUUGCAGCAGCUGCCUCAGGCCUCUCACAGCUUAAAGAACCUGUUGGAGGAGGAAUGGCACUUUACCAAGGUCAUCACGCCUUACAUCCGUGGAGGAGAAGCCCAGUCUGGGAAGCUUUUUUGUGACAUAGCUGGGAUGCUGCUGAAAUCCACCGGGGAGUUCCUUGAUGCCGGCCUACAAAAAAGUAGUAAUAAAUUCUGGGAAAGUGCAGAUGAUAGCACAGCCUCAGAUGAGAUCAGGCGGUCGGUUAUCGAGACUAGCCGGUCACUCAAAGAGCUGUUCCACGAGGCCAGAGAACGAGCAUCCAAGGCUUUGGGCUUCGCAAAAAUGCUCCGCAAGGACUUGGAGGUUGCAGCAGAUUUCAGUAUCACUAACGGGGUGCCUUGUCUCCUGGAAGCACUGAAGAAGAGAAACUAUGUCAAGGUUCUGAUUCCAGGCCUGGAGGAGCUUCAGGUUUUUGUCCCCUGUGGCUUAAUGGAUCAGCGGCCUCUCAUCUUGCAGCUCCUCAAUGCUGCUGCAGGAAAAGACUGCUCCAAAGAGCCAGAUGAAAUUGCAGAGGAUGAUGCCUACCUGCUCAUGAGCAAGCACGGAGCCGGGGACUCAAGCUCUGAUUCCGACUGGGUGCAGUGGGACGGAGAGUUACUUAAACUGGUUCCACAGAUGGAAACGGUCGACACGCUGAGAGCCAUGAAGGUGGAGAACAUGCUCUUGAUAGUGAUGCAGUCAGCUCACCUGGUGGCCCAGCGUAAAGCCUUUCAGCAUUCAAUGGAGGAUGUGCUCACGCUUAGCAGAGAGCAAACCUCUAGUCAGCCUCUCAUCGCAAGUGCUCUGGAGGAGCUCAAGAAUGAGGCGCUACAGCUAUGCAUUAAGAUCAGCACUGCCAUUGAUCAAGUGGAGUACAUGUUCACCGCAGAAUUUGAAGCAGAGGUGGAGGAGUCUGAGUCUGCUACUCUGCAACAGUACUACAGGGAGGCUAUGAUACAGGGCUACAAUUUUGCUUUUGAGUACCACAAAGAGGUUGUACGCCUGAUGUCUGGAGAGUUCAGACAAAGGAUUGGGGAACGCUACAUAGCUUUUGCCCGCAAAUGGAUGACCUAUGUCCUGACUAAGUGUGAGAGUGGCAGGGGCACCAAGCCCAGGUGGGCGACUCAGGGUUUUGAUUUUCUUCAGGCAAUCGAACCAGGGUUCAUAUCGGCAUUACCAGAGGAUGACUUCCUGAAUUUACAAGCCUUGAUGAAUGAAUGUAUUGGACAUGUAAUUGGAAAACCUCACAGCCCAGUAACUGGCAUGUAUAUUGCCCCCAGGAAUAGUCCUCGUCCAGUCAAGGUGCCUCGCUGCCAUAGUGACCCCCCAAACCCCAAUCUGUUCAUCCCUAGUGCUGAAGGGUUCAGCUCUCGAAGUCUCCCCUGCGACCUCCGGAACCAGCUUUUCCCCAACGGCCCUCGACCCGUCACUCAGGGCCCGGGGGAACACAGCCACACCAAAGCACCCAGCUGCAGCCCCAGUGACGGCAGGGGAUCCAGUUGCCAUGAAAAUGACCGCCUGUCAUCAGUUGCAGCAGAGUUGCAUUUCAAAUCUCUGAGCCGCCAUUCGAGCCCCACCGAGGACAGAGAGGAGCCUUCCUAUCCUAAGGGAGACCCAAACAGUGCCGCACGUCGAAGCUGGGAACUCCGUACCUUCAUUAGCCAGUCCAAGGACACAGCAGCAAGGCAAAGCCCCAUGGAGGCUGUUCGUCGCUCUAUUCGCAAGUUUGAAGACAAACGCUACGCUAUGAUGAAACAACGCAAUAUCAUCGGCCAAGUCUGUCACACCCCCAAGUCUUAUGACAAUGUCAUGCAUGUUGGACUUAGGAAAGUGACUUUCAAAUGGCAGAGGGGAAACAAGAUAGGUGAGGGCCAGUAUGGAAAAGUGUACACCUGCAUCAAUGUUGACACUGGAGAACUAAUGGCCAUGAAAGAGAUUCGAUUCCAGCCAAAUGAUCACAAAACAAUUAAAGAGACUGCAGAUGAGCUAAAAAUAUUUGAAGGCAUUAAACACCCAAACCUGGUGCGUUACUUUGGAGUCGAGCUACAUCGGGAAGAGAUGUAUAUCUUCAUGGAGUACUGUGAUGAGGGCACUCUGGAGGAGGUGUCCAGACUGGGACUGCAAGAGCAUGUCAUCAGACUCUACAGUAAACAGAUCACCACAGCCAUUAAUGUCCUUCAUGAACACGGCAUUGUACACAGAGACAUCAAGGGAGCAAACAUUUUCCUGACAUCAUCGGGUCUGAUUAAGCUCGGUGACUUUGGCUGCUCAGUCAAGUUAAGAAACAACACUCACACCAUGCCAGGCGAGGUGAACAGCACACUCGGAACGGCAGCAUACAUGGCACCUGAAGUCAUCACCAGAGCAAAGGGCGAAGGUCAUGGAAGAGCAGCAGAUAUCUGGAGUUUGGGCUGUGUACUUAUUGAGAUGGUGACUGGAAAGAGGCCUUGGCACGAGUAUGAGCACAACUUCCAGAUAAUGUACAAAGUGGGUAUGGGUCACAAACCCCCGAUCCCUGAGAAGCUGAGCACAGAGGGGAAGGAUUUCCUCGGCCACUGUCUGGAGAGUGAACCCAAGCGCCGCUGGACAGCUAGCAUGCUGCUGGACCACCCGUUCGUCAAGGUCUGUACGGAUGAAGAGUAAAAGAUCCUUCCUCUGAGGCUUUGAAGUUUACAAAUUAAAACACUACUGUACAUGCUGUUUGCAAAAGAAAAGAACUGUGGACGUGGAGAAGAGGACUUUAUGGCUGAAGGCACAUGGAGUUAAACUGAGGAACUACUAAUACAGUAUCAUUUCAGAGGAUAACUGGACCUAUGGAGCACUGAGUCAUGCCUCAUGUACCCAUGGACUGGGAGGAGGUGGAGGAGGAGGGGGAUGGGUAGGGGAGGGGACUGUACAUAAUGUAAUAAUAGGAUUGGCUUUAAUUCUUGUAUAAACAAUAUUGUAAAGUUAAAGUAACUAUUGCCACAGUUGUUGUUCUCACUGGCGAAGAGACCUCUGAAAAGGCAUUGAGGAAUUUUUAUUAUUAUUAUUUUGUUUUUGUAACAAAUGGGAGGGCGGCGGGUGGGCGGGGCAAAAUUCUAUGGCACUUUGAAACUGUUUACCCAAGGGGGCAGUUAAAUAGCGGAGGGAGGAGUCUUCUUUCAGUCUGCUCCUUGAGACUGAAAAAGGUGCGGUGAGCCUCACUGAAUGGAAGGAGAUGUUAGUUUACCUUUUAUGAAAUGAACACCAUCCAAAUAUUCAAAAUUAAUUUAUGACUUGUCAUUCGGCAAGCGUGGGCACGAGGAAGGAUUUUUUUUUUUUUCCAUGUGUUUUUCUUUGCCUUUAACGAGGAGUAAAUGUCAAGUCGGAGCAAUGUUCAAGUGUAUUCGCUGGUGAGGAGCUGUUCAUGUGAUUGGAACCUAGCCGACUAACAGGAGAAACAGGGCCUGCUCUCCCUCCCUGCUGCUGAACAUAAACAUCCACACAAACCACAAGGACACUGACACAAACUGCAACUUCUGGUUCUCUGCUGCUCUACAGUGUUUGCUAUGUACAAACAAUAUAAAUAAAUCAAUCGUUUUAUAAAAAAAAAAAAAAAAAA